AUGGACGACAUGCCCCCCCUCGCGUACGGCGUCAUCACAGCGCUGUUCCCCAUCGCCGUGAUCACUAUCCCGAUGCGCAUCUGGGUCAGGGGAAUCGCCCUGCAGGACUUGAGCUGGGACGACUGGAUGAUGGCUAGCAUGACGAUCUUCUUCCCUACGCAGCAAGCCAUUCUGCACCUUGAAGUAGUCACGGCAACACGACCCGAGGUCAUGACAGAUCUCCUCAAGGGUCUCCUAGCGGAGGAGUUCUACUAUGUCUGGAUGCAGUUCAGCGUCAAGAUGUGCUUUUUGCUCUUCUUCUUCCGUCUCUUCAGCGAGCGGCCAUUUCGCAUCGCGCUAUGGUCUGUUAUUGUCUUCCAUGCCGGGUCCACCAUUGCCAUAUGGCUGCUCUAUGCCUUGCAAUGUCAGCCGCUGGAGGCAUUUUACCAUCCUAAGCUCUACCCUGACGUCAAGUGCAUCAGUAACGACAUCGCAUACUUCAUUCCAUACUCUCUGAAUCUUUUUGUGGACGUCUGCAUCCUCGUCCUUCCCCUACCGACCAUCAUCACAUUGCAAAUGUCGACCAAGAGAAAGCUAGCCGUCACUGCCGUCGUCACCGCCGGCGGCGCUGCCGUGCUGUGCGGCGGCCUGCGAGCCAUCAUCCUCUCCGAGUUCGCCGAGUCCCCCGACUUCACCUGGGCGCUGGGCAAGAUGGUCAUCAUAUCGGCGGUCGAGAUCGACAUGGGCAUCAUCGCCGCCAACAUGCCGGCCAUCAAGGCCUUUUACAGGUGCUGGCGGCAGGACAAGCUCGGGGCGGGCCAGGGCAAGUACGUGGAGGACAGCAGCGCGGGCCAAGCCUCGACCGGUUCCCGCAGUGCCGGUCUGGAGCUGUCCAGCGACGCGCCACGGUCCAAGCCUGGUGUCGCCGUUUAUGUGGGCCCCAGGGAACGGCUGCCUUCUACGGAGAGCGAGAGGGAACUCUGGGAGCUCCCCAGGCAGAAGCCCAGGAAGGCCGAGUACGACAGCUCAUGGCGCAGUGGAGAGGCCUCGACAUCAUUAAGCGAUGAGAGCUUGAGACACCAUACAUGCCUGUACCUGUAUGAUGUGAGGUUCAGGUCGCAAACCAAGUCGCCAGAAUUGCAAUGGUUGUUUAUAGCGGCUGGAAAUGAGUACCACGGGCACAUUCUGUCAGUUUCAUGA